UGCAUCCUCCGGACCGUAGGCGUCGCUGCGCGCCAGGCAAGUCGAGUACGCUGAGCCUCUCUCUCCCGCAGGUGGAGAGUGCGCAGAAAUUAGCCCGUACGGAACGGAGCUGACCCCGGUCAGGUAAUAAGCCAUCAAAAGUCAGGAUGUCUUCAGCAUCUGAACCUCCAAGACUUGAAAAGGAAAAUCCCAAAGAGAAAGACUUUCGAAACCCUGGACUCAGAGGAGUUCGCACAACAACCUUAUUUCGAGCUGUGAAUCCAGAGCUGUUCAUUAAACCUAACAAACCUGUAAUGGCUUUCGGAUUGGUAACCCUUUCACUUUGUGUGGCUUAUAUUGGUUAUCUACAUGCAACACAAGAGAAUAAAAAGGACCUCUAUGAAGCUAUUGAUAGUGAGGGAAACAGUUAUAUGAGGAGGAGAACAUCUAAGUGGGAGUGACAGUCCUGGUUCCUGAAGAUGGCUCUUUCUUAAGGGCCCUAAGUUUUCAAAUGAAAGACUUUGUAAGUACAACACAUUUCCUAUAGAAUGUGUUAUUGAAGGAAGAACAGUUGCAACCAAACUGCUAAAGUAAAUGGUGCUUUUAUCUGAAGCUGCAGUGGUCAUCUCAUUCUCUUGUCCACAGAAAGAGCUUCUUGAUAUUUUCAUUUAUUAAGACCCUUUUAUAAAAGUGCCAUUAGAAUAGAAGUUAUUUUUUGUUAGUUACCAUAUCAUAUAAGUGCCUACUGUGUUAAAUUUGUAUGGUAUUUGGAAGUUUUAAGGUGAAUUGUGCAUUUGCAACUGUUGUGAGGAUACUGUUUAGUUUUGCUGUUAGCCUUUUCUACCUGUCAUAGGGCCACUUCUAUUUGUGAGGUAAAGUCCGCAGUCAGUAUUAAAGUCAAAUAGUAUGUGGGGAGAUACAGACGGCCCAUGAUUCAGAUAUUUUGGCUUUCCAUCUUAGCUGUUUUGGGUUCAUAAUUUUAUUUUCAUUGAAAACACUGUUCCCACUCAACUAUAAAAAAUAAAAACAAAUGUUGAAAUUA